UUAGUCUCCGUCUUGGCUGAAAUAUUCUUUUAAAUUAAAUAAAACCCACGAAAUAAUAAUCAAAUAUCACAAACAUGAUACUAUUCGAGUGUUUCGACCGUUGAUUCAUUUAUCUCGGCUUUAAACAUGUGGUAUGGUUUAAUUGGUGCAACCAUAAAAAUAUAGAAUCUGUAAUGUAUAUGAACAAGAUUUUAUCGUGACAUAGAAACAAAGCUUUUUCUGCAGUUAAAAUAUAAAACAUUGAAAUGUUCUCUAAGUCCUUAACCAGUAAGGAUACGUUCCUCGAGCAAACAAAGGCCGCCAGGGAAGAACGGGCAUUAGAGAAGAAACGAGAGACGUCAGCUAUUAAGAUCCAAGCAAUAGUAAGAGGAUGGCUUGCUAGACAGAAAUUUGUUAAGUUAAUACUAAAAGAAUUUGAUGAACUGCUCCCCGAAGUGAACCCGCAUGGAUCACAGGAGGAACCAUCGCCUGCAUUUGAGCUGAUUCCAGCAUUAGAUGUGUAUAAAGCAUCAUGUCGCUUAUUCCUGAUAUUUAAACAACAAAGAGACAGAAAGAGAUUGGAGAAGCUCUGCAAAUAUAUUGUGCAAAGUCUCCACUCAGACUCCGUUAAACUUUCAUAUGUUGGAGUGUUUCUAAAUAAAGAAUACAGCUUGCAAUGGAUAGCACAUAUAAAGGUACUCCUUUACAAAUGCUGUUUAUAUCUGGAAGAACUAAAACCCGAAUCACCGAUAGACAUGCAGAGUAUCCUCAUACUUCUGCAUACACUAAUAGCCUUUACUGCAACCAACACUUGGGCUCUCACAAGACUUAAGAACUUUGAUAAGCUCAGAGGUGGUAUGACACAACUGUGUGCCAAUAUCAUGGGAUCAUUGUUUCAUAAAGGCUAUUAUUUAACAUUAAAGUCUUUACUACUUCGUGGUUUGUGUCGUGAAAAAGUCAGCCUGAAAAAUAUCUCAUUAACUGCAAUAAUUACAUUGUCAUUGAGACCGCUCGUUUCCGCACAGUUUUCGGAGAAAUUACUCACAAUGUAUAUAAUACAGAUCUUAUCUGUGCCCACGCUAAUAUACCAUAUGCAGCAGAUAUCACCAGAGUCAAUUGCAGCAUUUCGUUCGCACGCCAUGUUUGACAAAUGCUUGGAAUUUUUGAGUACUGAUCAAAAUAUGCGUAUUGUAUUCAACACAUUGGAAGGGAAUUACGCAUUGUGUUUGUUGGCCAACCUGAUACAGAUGGCUCAUAUAGAGAGAGAACAUGCAUUACCAGAGUCUUUUUAUCCCACUUUUGUGUUGGUGGUGACAAGAUUUCUCGAUUCCUGUCAACAAUAUGUGGUUCUCAAGAAAAGUAAUCUUAGUAAUUGGCACCCAGUCCUCGGUUGGUUUUCUCAAAGCUUCGACGCAUUUUUGCCUCCCGCUAUGGGAAAUCUUCGCAACCAACUUGCUUUGUUAUGGGGAGGACCGUUACUGAAGAAGAUAAUGGCAACUCCGCUUAAAGAAAUGGUUGAGGCUGGUGUGAGUGGUGAGGAAGGCGCGGGCCCUUCGCAACCUUCCACACCUAUACAAAGUAUGAACCCAGCGGCAUUGAUAAGGAGAGCUAUUGAAGCAAGGACUAGUAGAUCUAGUUCCAACAAGAACUUCAGGAGACUCGGUUCACCAGAUAGCACGAAGGCAGCUCUCAUCUGUUCCAUGUACCAUACCGCGCUGCAAACUAUGACGCAAGUCAAACUGGAUAUACUCACAGGUCUUUGUAAUCAGGAUGAAAUUUUAUACUCGCUAUGGCAGUUUCUAUGCACAUUGGGACCAAACUGCGGUCUGAAGUCUUUCCUUGAUCUCUUAGCUGUAAAUACGAAGACUUCUGCGCCUGAAUUUCAGAUGUUGAUACUUUUCGCUGAUUGUAUGACGCAUUAUGUUACUAUUUUGGACGAUAUGGAAAUGUAUGAGCAACAAGAUCCAUUCAAAUUGGAAGACUUUAUUAUUAUGUCACAAUUUCUAAAUAUGUUUGUAUACAAAUCGAUCAUGGGACAGUUAUUUGAUCUGAAGAGCAUCAGCAGCAAUGCCUUGUUCAGUUCUCUGCACACUUUGCUGCUGGCGCUGUACCGGCGCGACUGUCGGCGACCUUACGCUCCUCCACAUCACUGGCUUGUACGAGACAUACGAGAUAACCACUUCAUGGCUGACCUGGAGAAGGGCAAGAAGCCGCAACAGGUAUUAGUACAGAAGACACCGCAUAUGAUAGCGCAUGGUGAACGAGUCAGAUUGUUUAGACGAGCAGUCGCAGAUGAAAAGGUGGUGCUGGGUCUGACGGAGCGGGCAUGUGUGUCAGGGUUGAGGUCAACAUUGGUGACAGUGAGACGCGCUCGUCUGGUGGAGGACGGGUACCGUCAGUUGGCGGCGCUGCCGGCGCGUGCGCUGAAGGCUGUCGUGCGCGUGCGCUUCGUCAACCAACAGGGACUUGACGAGGCGGGUAUAGAUCAAGAUGGCGUCUUCAAAGAGUUCUUGGAGGAGACGAUCAAACGCGUGUUCGACCCCUCGUUGAACCUGUUCCGUGUGACGAGCGAGGAGCGUCUGUAUCCCUCCCCCACCUCCUGCCUGCAGGAGAACCACCUCCAACUCUUCGAAUUCAUCGGCAGGAUGCUCGGCAAAGCUGUUUACGAGGGUAUAGUGGUGGAUGUGCCGUUCGCAUCAUUCUUCCUGAGCCAGGUGCUGGGUCAGACGCAGCAGGCACUCUACAGCUGGAUCGACGAGCUGCCCUCGCUCGACCGCGACCUCUAUCGCAGCCUCACCUACAUCAAACACUUCCAGGGUGACAUAUCAACGUUGGAGUUAACAUUUUCAGUGGAUGAAGAGAGGUUAGGUGAGAUUGUGACACAUGAACUUGUACCAGGUGGUAAAGCGAUACCGGUUACUAAUGAAAAUAAAAUAAAUUACAUCCACAUGAUGGCACACUUCCGUAUGCAUACACAGAUCAAGGACCAGACAAAUGCUUUCAUUAAAGGCUUUCGGACCAUCAUCAAUCCAGAAUGGCUCUCCUUGUUCUCUACUCCUGAGCUGCAGCGACUGAUCAGCGGCGACAACGUGCCCCUGGACCUUCGCGACCUGCGUCGUCACACGCUCUACUACGGCGGUUUCCACGACUCGCAUCGCGUCGUCUGCUGGCUGUGGGACGUACUGCAGCGCGACUUCACCGAGCAUGAGCGCGCCAUGUUCCUUAAGUUUGUAACAUCAUGCUCCAAGCCGCCUGUACUAGGUUUCGCUCAUCUGAAGCCUCCCUUCUCAAUACGUUGUGUGGAAGUUGGUGAUGAUGAGGACACGGGCGAUACUAUAGGUAGUGUAAUUAGAGGAUUCUUCACGAUAAGAAAGAAGGAUCCAUUGAACCGUCUGCCUACUUCUUCUACCUGCUUUAAUUUACUUAAACUUCCUAAUUACCAGAAACGUAGCACUUUGAGAGAUAAACUACGAUAUGCUGUUAAUAGUAACACAGGAUUUGAACUCUCCUAGAUCUAGGCUAAGAUAUGAGUCUACAUAUCCUAGAUCUCCAGACUUUAAUACUAGAUUCGACUUUGAAAUGAUUGUUAAGAGGUUUCAAGUUAGUUAAACUUAAAGUUGGUUAUUAUGGGUUCCAAUAAAAAAUGU